CUGUUGGGGGUUUGUCACAUUACGAACAUGGAUAUCCAGGUGGAGGAUGUGCGCAUCCGAGCCAUCCUGUCCUCGUACAGGAAGCGGAUCCCGAUGACGGAGGGCUACGUGGAGGUGAAGGACGGUGGGAAAUGGAAACAAAUCUGUAACACGGAGUGGUCUCCGCUGAACGCCCGAGUCAUCUGCGGCAUGUUCGGCUUCCCCGGAGAGAGAAAGUACAACGGCCAGGGUCUACAAGAUGUUUGCGCGCCGCAGGAAGCCCUCGUACUGGGACUACGCUGUGAACUGCACUGGGAACGAGGCGCACCUCUCCAGCUGUAAACUGGGCCAGGUUUCACCGCUGAAGUCCAAUGUGACCUGUGGUGGGGGGCUGCCGGUGGUGGUGAGCUGCGUACCGGGAAGAGACUUCGCCCCCACCCCCAUGACGGGGUUCAGGAAGGCCUUCAGACAGGAGGUAGGUUCAUCUAAAGCACACACUCAACCAGUGGUGCUUAUUUUAAAGGUCUCCUAUCAAGCAAAAUGCACUUAAAGGUUCCCUAUCACACUGUUUCUCAUCAAUAUAGUAUAGGUCUCAGAUAUAUCCAGAG